CAAAAGCAGAGCAUCAAUGGCGUUUUACAGUAAAAAGUCCAUCUUAGUGAAGGUCAUCAUCGUCUUCUCUCUGCUACUUCUUCUUCCCCUAUCACAAAGCAACGCUGCUCGUAUUCCUUCGACCCCCAGAGUUCCUAUCGGCCCCAGGCGACCGAUUUGCCCGGCUUGUGUGUGUUGCGAGCCAGCGCCACUUGGGAGGUGCUGCAGAUGUUGUGCAUCUCCUAUCGUCACUCAGACUCAUCACCACUCUCAAUCUCCAUGA